AUGUCGGUAGUUCUGGACGAGGCACCGCCAAAGAAACAGCGCAAGAAGAGUGCUAGUACUGGCACCAAGACCAAGUCACAACCCCGAGCUAAAGCCACCAAGGCUGCUGCUAAACCUGCAAAAGAAGAAACACCCGACGAGGCCGAGAUUAAGCGUCUCCAAGGUUGGCUUGUCAAGUGCGGUAUCCGAAAGCUCUGGCACCGUGAGCUGGCUCCUUACGACGCACCAAAGGCCAAGAUCAAGCAUCUGAAGGAGAUGCUAAAGGAUGCUGGCAUGGAUGGACGUUACUCUGAGCAAAAAGCCAAGACCAUCAAGGAACGAAGAGAACUGGAAGCCGAUCUGGAAGCUGUGCAAGAAGGAGCAAAGCAAUGGGGUAACGAGGGAGACAGUGGAGAGGACGGCGAGUCGGACGAGGCUGAAGCCGCACCCAGGCCUCAACGCAGAGCAGCUGCAAACCGCUUCGUCGACUUUGACGAAGAUGAUGACGAUGAUGACGAGUAA